AUGUUGCAGAUUUUGGACCGGUUAGGUUCUUCCAGAAGAGAUUUUAGGGUAUUUGAUGUUUCAUCAGUUUCAGCUGAGGCAUCAAAUUACGUACCAGCAGCUCCAAUAUUUCUGCCCGAAGGGCCAUGGAAGCAGAUUCCCGGUGGAGUUACUGCUGCAAAGGGAUUCAAAGCUGCAGGGAUGUAUGGUGGAUUGCGCGCCAAAGGCGAGAAGCCUGAUCUAGCACUGGUCACUUGUGAUGUAGAUGCCGUAUCUGCAGGGGCAUUUACUACAAAUGUGGUUGCAGCUGCACCAGUAUUAUACUGCAAAAAUGUAUUAGAUAUUUCAACCACGGCUCGUGCUGUGCUAAUAAAUGCUGGUCAAGCAAAUGCUGCAACGGGUAAUGCAGGUUACCAGGAUGUAGUAGAAUGUUCAAAUGCCCUUGCUAAGUUACUGCAACUAAAACCGGAAGAAGUGUUGAUUGAAUCUACAGGUGUGAUUGGCCACAGGAUAAAGAAGGAAGCCCUUCUCAAUUCACUUCCUAAACUGGUAACUUUGCUAUCAUCAACUGUUCAGGGAGCAGGAUCUGCAGCUGUGGCAAUAACUACCACUGACCUUGUGAGCAAGAGUGUGGCAAUUGAGUCUGAG